UUUAUAGUAUAUUACUACAGUAGAUUUAGUUUCAUUUAUCAUAUUUCUCUUAUUUAUCAUAUUUCUCUUUUAGUUCAGUUUUAAUUUAGGUUUUUGAAAAUUCAAUAAAAUUCAAAUAAAAUAAGGAGUUUUUAUGUCACGUUACCGAGGGCCUCGUUUCAAAAAAAUACGCCGUCUGGGGGCUUUACCGGGACUAACUAGUAAAAGGCCUAGAGCUGGGAGCGAUCUUAGAAAUCAAUCACGUCCCGGUAAAAAAUCUCAAUAUCGUAUUCGUUUAGAAGAAAAACAAAAAUUACGUUUUCAUUAUGGUCUUACAGAACGACAAUUACUUAAAUACGUUCGUAUCGCCGCAAAAGCCAAAGGGUCAACAGGUCAGGUUUUACUACAACUACUUGAAAUGCGUUUGGAUAAUAUCCUUUUUCGAUUGGGUAUGGCGUCAACUAUUCCCCGAGCCCGCCAAUUAGUUAAUCAUAGGCAUAUUUCAGUUAACGGUCGUAUAGUAGAUAUACCAAGUUAUCGCUGCAAACCCCGCGAUUUUAUUACAGCUAGGGAUGAACAAAAAUCUAAAACUAUGAUUCAAAAUUCUCUUGAGUCAUCCCCCCAGGAAGAAUUGCCAAAACAUUUGACUCUUCUGCCACUCCAAUAUAAAGGAUUGGUCAAUCAAAUAAUAGAUAGUAAAUGGAUCGGCUUAAAAAUAAAUGAAUUGCUGGUGGUAGAAUAUUAUUCUCGUCAGACUUAAUUCUAACUAAAAUCAAAAUAACAAGGGUUCGAAUAAUUUUGUCCCCCCUAUUCUAAGUAUAAGUAAAAAUAAAGAAACAAAAAAGGAAGGGUUUGAUUUGAUCGGGAGUUUUCUCCUAUUCAUAUAUCGUAGAGUAAUAGGGAUAUUUUCAUUCCGUUCCCAUUUUUGCAGUCUUUUUUGUACCGCAGAAAUUAGGAAUAGAGAAUCUAUAUCAAGGAAAGGUCUAACUGUUGAAAUUAAGGUAUCCGUUGUUAUGUGAUUUGAUACGUCGCGGUCAGUAACAUUGAUAAAUUAGGCGAAGGUACGGAAAGAGAGGGAUUCGAACUCUCGGUAAACAAAAGCCUACAUAGCAGUUCCAAUGCUACGCCUUUAACCACUCGGCCAUCUCUCCUACAUAAUGAUUAUGGCCCCGAAACCGAGUGAAUCGCGAGUCUUUCAUAUUAAUUAUUGAAUAUGUAUAGUACGUACAAUCAAUUCUAACUAAUAAAAAUAGAAAAUUUUGAAUCAAAUAAAGCACUUUCCUUCAAAAUUGGGGGAUAAGGAUAAUCUUGUUUUUGUUUUUGUGAAAAAUCCUUUCUUAAAAGCAAUAAAGAUGUGUAUCUAUUCGUGUUUGUGAAGUUUGUGAAGUUUGUGAAGAUGGUCUUUCCAUCUUUUUUUGAUAUUUAUAGCUAUACCGGCGUAAAUCAUUGGAUUGGAACAAUCUGUUUUUAUGUUAUUUUGUACCAUACAACUCCUUUUUUGUGGGAUCGUUUUCUCAUGAGAGGUAAUUAAAAGAAAUUAUAAAAUGGAUUGCUACUUAUGCCUAGAUCCCGGAUAACUGGAAAUUUUAUUGAUAAGACCUUUUCAAUUGUAGCCAAUAUCUUAUUACGAAUAAUUCCGACAACUUCGGGCGAAAAAGAGGCAUUUACUUAUUACAGAGAUGGUGUGAUUUGAUUUUUUUACUAUUUCAAAUCUUAGGAAAAAGACACAUUAGUCGGGGUAGAAAGAUUUGAAAUAACUCUACGCUUGUUGAAGGUGAAGUUUCUAAAUAAAACAAUGCCCUCUGUCGGGUAUCCCCGAUUAAUGCAGCCUCAGAUGCUUCAAUUGUCAAUUCUAGCAGUGAACGUAAGGUUAUACCUAUGGCUAUGGGUUCUGUAUUGCAGUGCAGUACCCCACUAGUACCAAUAGGCGGCAUAUAGGAAGAAGCACUACGCCUAGGAAUCAACAAUAUGAAAGACGAAACCUUUGUUAGAAAUUCUCCUUUUUCUUUAUUGGGAUUGGGACUAAGAAGAACGGUUGGGACAACAAACAUCCAUCUCGUUCGUACUUUAGAUACCCGUAGAACCGUCGAAGACUGUUGAAGUGACUAAUUCCUAGAAAUUAAGGAAGAUUGAGGACAAAGAAAUUGUUGGAGUUAACUUAAUAUUAUAAUAUUAUAUUUUUAUCGAGUAUCAACAUGCUUGAUGUUAAGAAAAGAUCUUUUGCAGGAAGGUUGGCUAGAGAUUUCUUGUAAAAAAACUAGCCCCGCUCAGUUCAUAAUGAGAAUAUUUCACUCUCUUUCUAUAUUGUAUUAUUCUCAUUAUGCACAUUAAGGGAGGAGCCGUAUGAGAUGAAAAUCUCACGUACGGUUCUGGAACGGAGAUUCUUUGAAUUAAAUGACGACCGUAACGGAUGUCUGCUCAAUCCGAAGGAAAUUAUGCGGAAGCUUUAUAGAAUUAUUAUGAAGCUAUGCGGCUAGAAAUUGAUCCCUAUGAUCGAAGUUAUAUACUCUAUAAUAUAGGCCUUAUUCACACAAGUAAUGGAGAACAUACAAAAGCUUUGAAAUAUUAUUUUCGGGCACUAGAACGAAACCCCUUCUUACCACAAGCUUUAAAUAAUAUGGCCGUGAUCUGUCAUUACGUGCGACUAUCUCCACUAUAGAAAGAAAAGAAAAAAGAAAAAAUAGGCUUUCUACGUAUGCAUCGUCAAAACCAACGAUUUUUUAUUAGCUGUAGAAAAGAAA